AUGACCCACAGCAACCAGCAGAGGGCCUGGGCACUGAAGCCUCUUCCCCAAUUAUCCCCAAAGCCCCCCCGCAACACACACACUCUCAUCCAAAUCAGCACCAAACCAAAACGGUUCCCCACAGUUAACUCUGCCAACUCCCCGAAACUCCACCGUGAAGGCCCCGCCAGAACCACGACUAAGUUGCGGCGCCCUUCCCCGCCUUCUGAGGGGGCUCAACGCCCCAUCCUCGCGAUCUGGCCAAGCUGGGAGGCGCGACCCUCGGUGGAAGCCCGGGAGGCAGUCCGCAGGCCGGCCGCACACGCCCGCUGCCGACGCGCAGGCCCCGCGUUGCCGGGAGCGCGGGCCGGGCUGAGGCCUGGCCCAUCGCCGCGGCGCGCAGCCCGGGCCCGGACUAUGGACGCCCCCAGCCUGCGCCUGAGGGGCCGAGAGCAAGGGACGGCUCUACCCGGGCCCCGCCGCCGCCUCACCCGCAAGGACGUCCGCGACCGUGUCCCCGCCCCGGGCCAAACAGCGAGCAGCAGCAGGUGUUCCUCGGGAGGCUCCGCCGGAGACAGAGAUGGGGGCCCCGAGCUGGCAGACUCGGCGGCAGUGCACGGGCGGCGCACUCACCGAGCGCCGCCGGGCGGGCCGCGGCAGGUGCUCACUCUUUCCUGCCGCGACACGCUGCCGCCGCCGCUGGUCCCCUGGGACUCGGCGCGAAGCUCCCGCCGCCGCCGCCGCCGCCGCCGCCGCCGCCGAGCCCCAGGAGCGCGAGCACCGCACCGCAGCCUCCGCGCGAGCACGUACCGGGCGGCGAGAGGGCGCGGAGAGCGAGGGCGGGGCGCGCGACCGAAGCCUAGCAACCCCCUGACACGCGAGUGCCGCAGCCAAUCCCGCGGCCAGCUCCGCGCGGCGCCGACCGGCAGUCCCCGCGACGCCCGCUUCUGCCUGCGUCGGCCGCCCCGCAGCGCGCCGCACCCGCGCACAGGCCCCGCCCCCGUCCGCGCUGCUCCGCUCAUUGGCCCGCCACGCCCCCACUCGAAAGGACACGCCCCCAUCCUGGAAAUCCCGCCCGCGGCCAGCCCGGUCUGUCCCCGGGACACGCCUCGGCCCGUCCGGGUCGCCCGGAGAGAGCAGGACUGGGGUGAUUGGCUGAAGGAGCACUUCCGCAAGCACUUCCGAAUUCCGACCCACCCCGAGCGUCGGUGGCUGACCGGGCUGGCCGAGCGCGAGUCCUCUCGGGAGUUGUAG